AUGGCGUUUAUUAAAGAGGAGAGUGAAGAUGUGAAGAUUGAAGAAACAUUCACAGCCAAACAGGAAGAUCUGCAGGAACAAACAGACCUGAUGGUGCUGAAAGAAGAGACUCAUCAACAGAAUAAGAUGGAAGAGAAACAGUUUGAGAAACACCAAGAAACAACAACUGAUGAAAAACCCACACUGACUAAAAAGACUUCAUCACGACGAAGACCUCGGAAAUCCGAAUCUGUAUGUAAUUUUACUUGUCGUCAGUGUGGAAACCGUUUCAGGCGAAAACACAACCUUCAAAUCCACAUGAGAAUUCACACUGGAGAGAAGCCCUACACAUGCCAACAGUGUGGACAAUGCUUCUGUACUAGUGGAAACUUGGUAGUGCACAUGAGACUUCACACUGGGGAGAAGCCUUACUCUUGCCCUCAGUGUGGAAAGAGUUUUAAGCAUAAUGGCAACCUUAAAGUCCACAUGAGAACUAACACUGGAGAGAGGCCCUACAUAUGCCAACAGUGUGAACAAUGCUUCUAUACUACAGGAAACUUGGCAGCGCACAUGAGAAUUCACACUGGAGAGAGGCCGUACACAUGCCAACAGUGUGGAAAAAGCUUCUAUCAAUCAGCAAACUUGGUAGUGCACAUGAGAAUUCACACUGGGGAGAAACCUUACUCUUGCAUUCAGUGUGGAAAGAGUUUUAAGCAGAAUAGCAACCUUGAAGCCCACAUAAGAACUCAUAAUGGAGGCAGAAGUUUUACUUGCCCACAGUGUGGGAAAAGUUUUGCUCAAAAGCAAGACCUUGACCUCCACAUGAGGAUUCACACUGGAGAGAAAUCUUACACAUGCACAGAGUGUGGUAAAAGUUUCAGAUGUAAAAGUGCACUCAAUAACCACAUGAUAAGUCACACUGGAGAGAAGCCAUUUGCAUGUGCUCAGUGUGGAAAGAGCUUCACAACCAAAACUAGCCUCAAGAACCACAUGAAUGGUCACACUGGAACCAUAGUGUUCACAUGUGAUCAGUGUGGAAAGAGUCUCACACGCAAAGACACAAUUAGGAACCACAUGAAGACUCACACAGGAGUGGAUGGUUUUAGAUGCAGUGAGUGUGGAAAGGGCUUUAAAUAUAAAAGAAGCCUCAACACUCACAUGAAGCUUCACAAUGAAGAUCAGAGUCCUCAAAAUUGAGCCCUUGUCCAGCAGAGCUUAGGGCUCUCUCCCGGGACAGCAUGCCAAACAAGUGCGAACUCUUGAAUACAUGUCAAGUUACUGGAAAUGAAACCCUUUGAACACCUGAAGAUUUAAACUCAAUAACUGAAGAGGGGUGAAGAUUUUUUUUGUAGUGUAGAUCAUGAGUCACAGCGCAGUACCAGGUUGUAAGAGUUUCAACUUAAUAAUGAACCAAUAACCAGAUUUUUGAACAUUGCACACAUCCAUCAAUUGGUCGGCACUGAAAAGAAAAUUAGAAAGAUUAAGGAGGAGAAACUACACCCUACACCCUUAGAUUGUGUUUUUGAUCAUUCACAUUGUUUGAUUUUACUCGUGUGAACAAACACCGAUUUGCCUCCAGUUUUGGGCUUUUGUCUGCAGUUUCACAAAACUUGUUGGCGAAUGAAAGUCCAGGUAAACUCUUGCGGUGUGAACUCGCCAUAAGUCAAUGACAGUGAGAGACUGAUGCAGACUCCCUAAAACCCUGAUCAGACUACACAAUGACAUUUGCCAGUUACCACAGAUCAGAUUUGUGUCAGAUUAUGAGAUUUUGACUUGAUCAAAUCUUGAUGUGUUGUGGGUAACAAAUGAAGACUUUGGUUUCAAAA